GCCUCCUGGCACAAAACAAGUUUACUGAAGCUAGGUUUCUGCUUUACAGUGUUCAACUUAAUUCAUGGAGUCUUUCCUAGGGUUUCAGCAGAAAAAAGAAGGGGAAGAUGACAAGUCCUGCAGUUACAAGCUGGUUCCAUGGUUAAGCUGGGAUGAAUGGGACUUUGUCAGAGAAUCUCUUUUCUCGUCUUCUCCAGACUCGAUUGACGCAGCUCUUAGAAGAAUAUCCGCGUGGCGAAGCAGAGGUUGUCUUCCCGUUGCGAUUGAUGUUAUGGCCUCUAUAGUUGAAAUUCAGCAGAAAGAUCCCUUUUUUGGGGAGGGUCGCGCUAAUGAUGUUUUGGAAUCAGAGGAAAUGCUGGCUAUGCUAUAUUGCAUGGCUAUCAUGAGGCUUGUGAAUGGUGUCAUUGAGAAAACACGUAAAAGAAAAGAGGUUUCGAUUGCUGAAGCGGCUGAUGCAAUUGGUAUUCCUCGUAUGCUGAUCGACAUUCGCCAUGAGGGUUCUCAUCGUGAUCUCCCCUCACUUCAGCUGGUUCGUCUUGCCUCUAUGAAGGCACUUGAUUGGUUGCGAUCUUAUUAUUGGGAGCCUCAAAAGAGUGCAAUUCCAUUUCAAAAGGAUAGGGUUGGUAACAUUAGAAAAGAAAUUAUGUCUCGACUGCGUGAAUUUAUCUUUCAUCUAAAGAAUAGGCAGUCUAUGCAUUCAACCAAGGGAAAACGUGUUAAACAGUCUGAACUAUGGUGCGGGGGUACUAAGUUCUUCUCCCGUAUGGCUGGGAAGCUCCAAUCUCCAAAAUCUCAAGGACCUAAAAGACAGAUUGCCAAGAUUAUACGAAAUCUUGUUCAUUUAUAUUCUUUGUUCCCAUCAGAAGUAGUUUCGGUGUUAUUGGAGUUCCUACUGAAGGCAUCCGAUUUCUCAGCUGGAAAUAGGGUAGAAUCCUCUGAUAAUUUGCUAGCGGACUACUCUGGAAAUUCAAAAAUCCUCACAGGCACAAUUGAUGACUGGAAAUACUUAAUAAUGCGGCUGUCAAGCAAGGAACCGGAAUUGCUGCUGACCAUUUUCAAGUCAGUUCUUGAAAUGAUUGAGACUCGGGUAGCCAUGAAAACUGAAAUUGGACAUUAUUGCAUUUCAUCAGAGCAUAAGGCUGAGAUUGUUCAAAUUGAACAUCUUUCGUCACUGGUUCCAUGGCUCCUUGGGAAUCUUACUGAAUUAAAACAACAUAGAGACACAGGACAUUUGGCUGAAACCGAUGUCUCUGUGGUGGAAACAAGUGCUAUAUCAAAAGCAACUUUAAAAGAACUCCUACGGAAAUGUCUUUUGAUAUUAGCUAGGGGCAACAAACAACUCACUGGUUCUACACUACUGCUUGCAAACAUGACAGGAAACAGUUAUCUGGUAGAGAGGAUCAAGAAACUGCCUGCGGUAAACUUUCCAGACUAUGAUUGUACCAUUGAAAGCUCUACAUGUAUGGGUAUGGGAGACUCCCUUCUUCAACAGGAGAAUGACAUAAAACAGGCAGCGGAAAAGCUGGAGUCUCUUAAACGGCACCGGAUGAAGGGUGAAAUGGUCAAUAUAGUGCCACCAAUUGUUGAUGAGGGAACAGAGAAAAACAUGUGGUCUGUAGCCAAGUCGUGGAACCCAUGUCCAAUUGGUAUGUUGCCUCGUGCUUUAGGUUCUUCAGGCAUUCUUCCUAUUCUUGACAGAACAGUUGACCACCCAAAGGUCCACCAUCAAAAGGUUGAAGAAUUCUCCGAAGCCAAUGAACACUGGGAGCUGAAUCGUUGUAGUGGAAAGAGAGAAACGAGUUGUGAUAUUCGGCUUUUGGAGGGCUCAAGUGCCACUAAGAAAAUGAGGGAGACAUCAGAUGGUGGUCGCUUGAACAGUCAGGAUGGUUCAUCACUGAAAGCCGACAAAGGUUUACUGAUGAUUGAUGGGAUUUGGAAGAAGGUUACAACCCAGGAAUUACUAGCCAUUGGAUCUGCUGUAAGGAUUUUGGUAUGAACAACCUGGGUGGUUGUUUCUACAUAGGUUGUGAAGGUUACAAUCAACAUACACUGUUGCAAGGCAGUUGAAUACAAGUCUUGGAUAUGACAGAUAACGAAUCACAAUAUAACAGUUGUCAUGACAAUUAAGCAAUUCUGUAGUUUAGUUUAUUGCAUUUAUUAUAAUUAAUCUAUUUGGUUCACGUCUUUUUCUUUUACUUUUUAUGUUUGAUGUGGGAACAAUUUAUUGAUAAAUCAAAAUGGGUUUACUUCUUAUUUCAA